UCUCUUAUUUAAAAAACAUAAACCCUCUUUUUUUUUUUCCCUAAGACAUGACUGAGUUUUGUCUUUUAUGCUCUCUUUUUUCUUUCACUUGUAAAUAUGGAUCAAGAACUUGCCAACAAAUUAUUUGAAAUUGGAGCUUUUAUACUCUUUCUUGAUGCGCCACCUAAUCUCGAAUUCGGAAUUGAUUACAAUGCUUGGACUAUUGGUCCUUUAUUUAAAGGAGUCAAGAUGAUUCCGCCUGGACUACAUUUUAUUUACUUUUCAUCUACCAGUAAAGAAGGAGUUCAAGGAAUCAGAACUGGCUUUUUUCAUUUUUUUGAAUCAAAAGAAAUACUUGUUCGAGUAUGGAAUCCACAGACUGAAGACUUGCGUGAUGAGACAGAAAUAGAUCCAGCACAGGCUGAGAGAUAUCGCAUAAAUAUCAGAGAAUUUGAUCGCAAUAUGGGACCUUAUCCGCUUGAUCCUCCUCUAUACUAUGAACGUUGGAAGAAGUUGACCAACUUUAUUACACCUGGGCUUGUUCGACGCGUGCUCCCCAAUAAUGGCAAAGUGAGCCAUUUGCCCGAGAAAAAUGCAAAUCUAACUAUAGACGAAAGUAACGUAAAAGAUAAAAGACUUGGUAGACAAAUUGAAAAGGAAGAAGGCAUGGAAUUUACUCCAUUUGAUUUGAGAAAAUCAUUUCCAAAGGGCGCGUCAGGCGAUGAAAUAACGCGCUGGAGCUUAGAUAAAUCAUGGCUUGUGAAGGAUUUACUGAAAAGAGUAUAUCACAAUGAUUAUAGAAUCAUGCUGGGUGAAUUGCAACUUGCAUUUGUUUGCCUUUUGAUGGCACAGAGCUUUUCUGGGUUUAAUCAAUGGAAGCAACUUGUACAACUUCUCUGCUCAUGUCAGCAAUUGAUGGAAGACAACCCCGACUUAUUUAUUGAUUUUAUGGAUGUUCUUCAAUUUCAGCUUGAUGAAUGCCCUGAAGACUUUUUUCGUGAUAUUUUAUCAGAAAACAACUUUACAAGUGUCAUGUUAAAAUCUUUCCAGCAAAACGUUCCUUCUUCACAACCAAAGCUAAUAGAUAGAUAUUCAAAGUUAAGAAAGUUUAUUAUAAAGAAAUUUGAUUGGAGCGUUCCAGACGAAGAAGAUGAUGAUGAUGACGAUGCUCCCGUAGUUGUACAUACAGAGUAAACAAAAUAAAUGUAAAUAAUAUGUAUGUCUAUCAUAGUUGGUGGUUAUUGUCGUAUUUGACCAUGUCUAAUA